GGGUUGGACUAGAUGACCUCCUGAGUUCCCUUCCAACCCUGAUAUUCUAUGAUAAAGCUUUAAGCGAUUAUGACAUUGGGAGGUUGUUGUUAGUUCUUCUUGGGCUAAGCAUGUUCUCUAAUUUCUAGCAAAUCACCAUUUGGAGGAGCUUGUGGCAUAUAAAUUCAGCCUUUACCAGAUUGGGAAGCCCCCAGAUUUUCCAGAAUAAUCCUAAUGGGUGUAGUGGGAAUGGGUGGAGUUCCUGCCAUAAUGCUAGCACCGUAGAACCCCUGGCCUCUCAUAGGAGAGCUAAAACUUUAUGCCGAAUGUACCUCCACGAGAACCUAGAUGGUGCCACAAUAAAUCAAGAAAGGAUUUUUACAAACACACACACAUACUCUACAGAUGGGAAUUUCAAAGCCAUCAAGGGGAUUUGGACACCCAGUUUCCAUUAGCAUUAAACCUCCUACACCGCUCUGCAGAUCUCAGCCUCCAGCAGUAGUUUUGUGAGUGCCAUAAGCAAGUCCUAUGGUCUGAGCAACCUGCACAGGGAGGGAGAUGAAAGGCAAGGGGGAAGUGGGCCCAAGCAGUAGAAUCGGAGAAAUGGGACCAGGACAAUAAAGUUUUGAAGGAAGAAAAUAAAGAUGAUUUUGUUUUGUCCAGUUGGGUCUUCUGAAAAACAUAGGUGACCUGCUACCCUUCCUUGAAUGGGUAUCUUCUCCCACCUCCCUGGCAAGGUUAAAGCUGCCCGUGCCUGUUCUAUGAUUUUCCUCUUUAUAGCCUGGAUUCAGCCAGGUGCUUCAGCAUGUGCCUCCCUUGAACGGUCUGUGUAGCUCCAUUGACUUUGAUGGGAGUGCUCAGACACCUACUGGAAUUAGGGCCUCAGCAGUUUCCAUCAGUUCUAAAUCAGUCCCAAGCCCAUCGUUUUCAGCCUGGAUCUCCCAAUACCUGUCUUGUUAAUGCUCUGGCACAUCUAUGCCUCAUCCUCACUGGCUAGAUAUUGUCCAUGUCGGUUUGCUAUCACCACAUAGAUGCCUUUUAGUCUCAUAAUGGAUUGGAGGUUCCUGGAGCAGCAUGUUUUAUUGUUCCCCCUGGCUCUUCUACUGCUCCAUCAAAUUCCCAUAGUUGCCAUGGCUACCCACCAACACAAAUCCUGACCGUAAAAAGCGGAGUGAAGCAAGGACAAAAGUAAAGCUCUAGGAGUCAUUGUGCCCAGACAAGAAAGAGAAAAGUCCUCUGCCUUUUAAUCAACACCCGGGGCUGCUGCCUUUCAUUAUGAGCAGAUCAGCUGCUCCCCUUUGUUCCCAUGUCACAGCAACCUCCAGCUUGAUUUGCUCACUGAAAGCUAGAAGGUCACCACACUCCUCAGUCUACCAGCUGCUGCUGGCCUAGCCGGUACUUCCUCAUGUCUCGCUGUAGCUUGGGAUUUGGGGCUCCUGAAAAAGAAAACACAAAGAUGAGGGGACACUUGCAUAUGCUAUCAAAGUGGCUGUUUCUGCUGAACUUCGUGGCAUUGGAGGUCUCAUCCAUAGAAACAGUUAACCUGGUGGAUUUUUGUGGCCUGACCAUCAGAGACGACGGGCUGAUUAUCAAUUCGCACAGGGAUUCCCGGCGCUACUACUUCGUGGCCACAGGGACAGACUGCUCCCUCAUCAUGCAGGCUGCAUCGCCCAAAGACAAAGUCCAGUUUCAGUUCCGAUUCUUCUUGGUGUACAGCCUGCUGCGCCUGGUCCCCAGCGGCAGGCCCCCGCCCAAUGCCACCCAAGCACCUCUGCCCCCAGAGACCACCCGGCUUAGCCAAAGGGGACCUGGACAGACCUCAUCUGGUGGAGACUGGCAGCUUCAGGAUCCCUGCAAUGCUGGAUCAUAUGUGCAGUUCUAUGAUGGCAGAGGUCGUGCUGCUGAGCCCCUGGGGGUCCCGCUGUGUGGAAAAAGCAUCCCCAGGCCCAUCCUGUCCACUGGGAACUACCUGACCCUGCGCUUGGUGACACGGGGGCAGCAGCCCCGGGUGGAUUUCGUUGGCGAUUUUACAUCCUUCCGACUGGGCUUCAGCAUGUCCGAGUGCAGCGAGGAGCCAUACUUCCAGUGCCGGAACAGCAAGUGCAUCCCCAGGAGCCUGGUGUGUGACCGGAUGGGCAUCGAUAACUGCGGGGACGGCUCGGACCAGGCGGCCCACCCCCCUGCCAAUUGCAGAGGCCGCUUCCCCACAUCAGCAUCUCUCCAGCUGGUGAGCAGCCCUGCAGCCAGUGUAACCCCCUGCAUGGUGGCUUGUGGGGGGGCAGAGAAGAGCCAGCCCUUGGCCCCAGACACUGCGCCCCUGGACAAGCCUGCAGCAGGUGAGAGGAACUCGCGCUCCCUGCUGCCCCUCUACAUCCUCCUGGGGCUGGGCGUGGGCUCAGCCCUCCUGCUCUGGUGCUGCUGGUCCCCUGGCUGGUUUGUCUGGAGACUUGGGGCCUGCCGGUUCCUGCCUGGCUGCAACUCCGUGUGGGCCUCGUGCCAGCUCUGCCCCCGCAGCUGUGCCCACAGGAACCAUGGCUGUUCUGGCAAAGUCACGCCGCAGCUCAGCGACGACCUGCCUCUCUGAUGCCAGCCAUGCCAUCUUUGCCCGGGGGUGGGCACUGGGCCUCCCCCCCUGCCGGAGGAGCCGGGAUCCGACCUUUCCUGCCUGUGUUGCAGGGACUCUCUCUGCUGGCUUGGGCGGGGGGAGAUGAGAGGGGAUGGGGCAGCUCCCAAUACCCCCUCUGCCCACUCCCAUAGACACGGGCCAGGCCCCAUGUGCCUCCCCCCAGAGGCGGCGGCCUCCAAGGGCCCAGAGGGCAGCUCGGGAGCCCUGGAGCUGCCCCUGCGGAAGGAGCGACUGAUUCACUGGCCUGGGUGGGGAUUUGCUCCUGGCCUUUGAGCACUGCGCUGGUGCGGGCAGGCUGAGUCCCCCUCAGAUCUGUGUGUGUGAUUGUUGUUGUGACGCCUGCCGCACCAAAUGCAUUGUCUCAACCUGUGGGGUGGAACUGGCGGAGGAUGUGAGCCCAGCACUAAUAAAACAAACCCACCCUUUGCUUGG